UUACUCCAUGACUGAAUUAAUUUUGAUAACCUUAGAAGAUAGUAUUAUUGGUUCAAGCGUGAGUUGAGCAACCACAUAAAUCUCGUCUCAACAAGUUUCAUUUAUUUAUUGUGAUCUUUUAUUUUGCUCCGGGGCAGACUGAAGUAUAUUUGAAAUUUGUACUAAAACUGAAUUCUCUAGAUUUCUUUCUUCAUUUUUUUGUGUAUACAUUUCUGCCAACUAUUGCUUAAAUCCACCGGGAAUCUCAGCACCUGCUCAUUUAAGAAGCAAGCGAGGAGCAUCACCGUACUUACGGGUACUUGAAAAUAAAUAACACCUGUGUUUGGGAUAUACGUGCUACACUGAUUUGGAAAUUGAAAAUCAGUAGUCAAGAUAAUAUGAAGUUGCUGCAGUUAUGCAUGCAACUUUUCAUAGCCGUGUUAUGCACCAGAACAUCAUUCGGACAAAACCAUCUACUAAUUGCUCCUCAAAUUCUUCGCGAAGGAGUACGAGAAACUGCUGUACUUAACCUUUACAAUAUCGAUGGGCGCAUUGAUGUAGUAGCAACAGUUAAACUCGAAGGUGUAACAAAUUUUGAAAUCAAGAACGAGGAUGCUACAAAACCUAUCAUCAUGAAAAUAAAAUACGACAAACCACCCGGUGUCUUGCCGAGUAAAAGACGUCAAUACGUAGAGCUUCUAGUUUCUGCAAAACAAGGAAAUAAAAAAGUUUACAGUGGACAAUUGCGGAUGAGACUCAUUGAAUCGAGUGGAUACAUUCAUAUCCAAACCGACAGGCCAAUAUAUAGGCCAGAAGAGCGAGUCAACGUUCGAGUUAUUGCUCUGACCCAAACACAAAGUCCUGAAGUACACCGUGAAGUCGAAAUCGUUAUCAGGAUACCUCUGGACAAUGUUGGAGUGGAAAAGAAACUACUCCGUAUGCCCAAAGCAAAAUUUAUCGAUACAUCAUUUGAACUCCCCGAAUAUCCGGUGUAUGGAAUAUGGUCCAUACAAGCACGUUACACGGAUGAAAAAGUGGUAAGAUGGUCUACGACUACGUUUGACGUCAGACCUUACGUGCUCCCUACAUUCAAUGUUCGAGUACUUUUGGAUGAUCCUUAUGUUUUGGUGAAAACCGAUAUGUCGAAUGAAUAUAUCAGAGGAACAAUCACUGCAGAAUAUAGUUACGGACGAAAAGUUUCUGGGCCGUAUUUUCUCGCCGCGAAGUUGAAUAGACCGGAUAUUAAAUCAAAAUUCUUGUUUUACCAAAUGCCUGAAUUACGGAGAAUGGCAAAACUUAGGGGCGGGAAACAAAGAUUUGAAAUUAAAGCAACAGAAGUUUUGACGGUGAUUGGUGAUGAUACAUUUGAUGAUCUUGAAAAGGAAGGUGCAACAAUUGAAAUAGACGUUGCUGUAACUGGAGAAGCGGAAGGAGUGGUUGAAUCGGACAGAUCAAGACCAAUAAUGUUUGUUCGAUCUCCAUAUCAGCUUGAUAUAUCAAGAAUGUCAAAAUAUUAUACACCUAGAACUUCCUUUGAAAUAAAGAUUGAUGUUUUGGAUUCUGUGACGAACAGUCCUGUCAAAAAAGUUGAAUUGAUUCUUGCAGGCCCAAAGAUUUGUGGAACCUUGGAUUGUGGAAAUGACAAAUGUUGUAGCAAUGGAAAGUGUGGAGAGUGCGAACCAAUCGUAGAAGAAUCAGAUGAAAAUGGUCAGGUCAAUUUCAAAAUCGGCAUGGACAAAGAUCCAGUAAAAAGAACGUAUACAAUACAAACAAGAAAGCUUGGAAUACCUAGAGAAAACUUGGCAAAGCUUGAUUUCACUCUUCAUCCAUACAUCUCAUCAUCAGGAAGUUAUUUGCAGUUAUCGGCCGUUGAAAAAAUCGCUGAAGUUGGAGAUAAAAAUUUUGGAAUCGAUGUCUGGUACAAAAGUGCACCUUCAAGGAUUAGUUAUGUGAUCAUGGCUAGAGGCGCAAUAAUAUCAACCGGAGUUCACAUACCAAAAAAAGGAAGUGUAAACACAAAUAUCAAGAUCGAAGUUAAAGGCGAAAUGGUUCCGUCAUUUCGUUUUUUCGUUUACUUCUUCAGCGGGAAGGAAUUAUUAUCCAAUUCUUUAUGGAUUGAUGUUAAAGACGCAUGCAAACAGGAACUUCAAGUAAAAGUGCCUGCUCAAGUAUCACCAUCACAAGUUUUUAAUGUCGAAUAUAUUGGUAGUCCAAACGCUAUUCUGGGGAUGUCUGCAGUCGACAGAGCCGCCUAUUUUCUUUACGAUAAAGGAAGAUUGACUCGAAGUUCUGUCUUUGAAGCAUUGAAUCUGUACGACGAAGGAUGUGUUCGAGAGGGCGGGAAAAAUGCACAACAUGUUUUUGAGGAAGCGGGUCUACAAGUAGUCGGAGGGCCAUACUCUGCUAAAGAUGAUUUCACGAAUCAUUGUGAAGCUAAGACGUUAAAGCGAAAAAAGCGGUCUUCCCCAAAAAAUAUUGUGGCUAAACUUGAGAAAGAAGCGUUAGAACGCAAAUGUUUAAUGGAUGGUUCCUGGGAGAAUUUAUAUGGAACGUCCUGCGUAGAGCGAGCGGAAGCUGUCAGACUUAAACAUUCAUUUGAGUGUGCAGAAAAGUUUCUCAAAGGAUGUGAGGAUUACUUAAAAUUAAAACGACGGAGUGGCAGAUCUAUUCAGGCAAAUGUCGCAGGAUUUCAAGCAGUUGCUAAUAAUGUGCGAUCCAACUUUGAAGAAAACAUGUUGUGGGCAACAGAUGUCAUAUUAGGACCAGAUGGAAAAUACACCCGAGGAGUGGUAGCAAAAGACAGUAUAACCACAUUUGAAUUUGACACUGUCAGCAUGCAUGAAAUUGACGGUUUCUGCGUUGCGCCAACACAAAACGUGACAAUAUUCAAAGAUACUUUUGUUCAGUUAAAACUUCCUUACUCACUUAAACGCAUGGAACAAGCGGAAAUUCGAGCUACGGUGUUUAAUUAUGCAACCACUUCUAAACGGGUAACUGUUCAUGUAAAGAUGGGAGAAGAUAUUUGUUCUCAUUUCCGACAGGGAAAAUUUGACGAUGUCAUCACGUUAGAAGUUGAUGCCAAUGAAGCAGAGGCAACAUCUUUAGUGCUUAUGCCACUCAGAGUUCCAGAUAGUAAGCAGGUCGACAUCGAGGUGAAGAUUACCAAUGAAGAUAAUGUUGAUAUUGACCACGUCAAAAGAUCAAUACUUGUUCUACCGGAAGGAGAAAUUAAAAAUGAUAUCAAAGGAACAUAUGCCAUAGAUCUCAAAAACAAACGACCAAGCUACAUCGACCGAUUUAAAAUUGAACUUAGGUUUCCCAAACGAUAUAUACCUGGAAGCAGGCAGUGCUGGAUUUAUCCAUUCUCUAAUUACAUGGGACCAAUCAUUGAGUUCGACCCGGUUACUAAACAACCUAAGAAUGACAUCAAGAAUUUGAUAAGGUUGCCAGGUGGAUGCGGAGAACAAACUAUGUUGUCAAUGGGUCCGAACGUGAUGGCUCACAAGUACUUAAAAUUAGUCGGCAAGAUGAAAGACGGGUCAGCUGAGGAGACAGGGUCAAUCGAUAAAAUGCAAAAAGGUUUUGCAAACGAAUUGAAAUACAGGACAUCGACAGCUCCAAUUGUUUGGUCUGUUUUCCCACGUCGCGCUCCUAGUGUCUGGUUAAACGCCUAUGUGAACAAAAUUUUUGCCCAAGCAAAACAAUUUUAUACUGCUAUGGAUGUAGGACCGAUCUGUACGUCGAUAAACUGGUUGGUUGAUCAACAAAAUCCCGAUGGAAGUUUUGAUACCGGCGGAAGGGUGAUACACCAAGAAAUGCACGGAGCUGUAGGAAGUACGCUUAGUUUGUCGGCAUACGUUAUGAUGUCACUCGUAGAGUCCCAAUCCAUAUGUCCUCAAUACACAAAGAAAGUUGAAAUCAGCAUAUUGAAAGCAACUGAUUACUUGGAGAAUAGCGAAAACGAUCGACAAAUGGAACAGCCCUACGCUCUCUCGUUGGUGUGCUUUGCCCUUUCCGUUUCAAAUCCAAAUAAUCCUUUUGCAAAACGAAUGCGCAAAAAGCUAUUGUCUAAAAUCAAUUAUUCGGAAGACAAUCGACUAGCUUUCUGGAAAGGAGCUCCAUUAAAGACAAUCGAGGGCACCGGUACUCACGCAUAUUGGUAUAAACGUAAUGCGAAGGCGAUCGAUGUUGAAGCGACCGGCUACGCAUUACUAUCAAUACUGUAUGCACAAUCAGGAGAAAAAGUCACUCAGAAUAUUCUUGAUGUCACAAGAAAAAUUGUACUCUGGAUUAUUCAACAACGAGAUGAAAAGGGGGGAUUCUCAACAACGCAAGAUACCGUUGUCGGUUUACAAGCACUUGCGGAAUAUAUGAUCUGGAGUAGCACAGUGGAACCACCAACACGAGAUGUUAAAAUUGAUUUAACCAUCAGUAGUGCUACUGGCAGCGACUGGUACGAUGAACCAAAAAGACUCCAUCUAGAUAAGAGUAACGAAAACUCAACUACUCCAAUUUCCAUCCCAUCUAAUGUCAUUUCUGGUGGAGAAUUGAACAUUCAGGCCCGAGGUGAAGGCGAAGGAACUUUAUCAUACCGAUGUGUAUAUCGUACACUAGUGGACGAAGACGCUUGUCAUUUCGACAUCAGUGUGUCCACCGAAGAAGAUCGUAUACCGUUGGGUCACGUAGCUCAAGGUGACGGUGCAGAAAUACUCAAAUUAAAGCUUUACAUUUCUAAACCCAAAGGAGAACCUUCUGGACAAUCAAUCGUUGAAAUCAACUUGAUUUCAGGCUAUGAAGUGAUGGAAGACACACUCGUCAAACUGUCCGAAACCGUCGACGCAUCAAUUGAAAGAUACGAGAUCGCAAAACAAAAAGUGUUUUUGUAUUUGAGCGACAUUACGGAAGUCCCUAAAAAGCUGGCAUUCAGAAUAUCAAGAUCAGUGUAUGUUGGCCGACCUGAACCAUCUACUGUCACUGUUUAUGAUUACUACGAACCAUCGGUUAGAUGCAGUAAAUUUUACAAUGUUCCGGAACAAAAUCUGAAACUUCGAACAUCGUCUUGUACUGAUAAAAAUGGACUGGGCAGUGAAGACAUUUGUAAAUGCGCCGAAGGCGGAUGCUUAACAUGCAGGACGAGAAAACAACAACUUGAAAAUACAGGAUGUUUGGAAGGCAUGGAUGGAGAAUGCACCAUUUGCCACGAUCCUGACAACUGCUUCGAUUUAGCAGGUACAGCCUGCAAAAGUGAUUAUGUGUAUGAAGUUAAAGUGACUUCGGAUGGAGUUGAAGAUCCCAGUGGAGUAUUUAUGGAUUUUGCUAUCCAAAUAGUUGAGGUUUAUAAAGCAGGUGACGAUCUGGAUGUGGAUAGAAAUCAAAACAGAAAUUUCAGUGUAAGGCGAGAUUGUUUUGAAUCGUGUAGAGAUGAUAAAGCGUUGGUGGAUAAAGACGGUAAAAAGGAACCGUUUCUUAAAAAGGACAGAACGCUUCUCAUGAUCGGAAAUGGUGUGGAAAUGAAUUACGAAGAUGAUGACAAUAUUCUCAAAGGGGGUGAACUGCCAAGACCUCACUAUCGGCUGGGUGCAGGCAUAUUUGUGGAGCGUAUAUAUCCGACGACGAAAUGCAAGAAAUCAAAAAAAAAAGCUGAAGAAAAGAAAUGUAGGAAACUCAAGAAGAAAACUCCGAAAAGUACGAGAGAAGAAUGUCUAAAACAUAUUGCUAUUCAUCAGUCAUGUAACAACUUGAUAUUGCUCAGAAAACGUAUCACGCUCGGAUGCGACAGGGAAAGAAAAUGAAUUGAUUGUUCAUUGAUGUUUCAGUAGGGAAUACUGAAAAUUUUUGAAACUGAGUACGUAAAGUACUUUGUUUUGUUCUGAAUGCAAAAAAAUUAAUAAAUAUUCUCAAAUAUGAGAGUGUGCCCGAAGAGUUGUUUUUCUUCAUUCCCAACUCUUACAAGUUCAAAUUAGGGAUCUUUUGUACACUGAUGCAAAAAUGUGAGAUUUAGGUAAAAACGCCGGCUAGAUAUAAAAUGACAAAUUAGGAAUUUUCCAGUUUGGGUUAGGAAUGAUUUGAAAAGUUGAAUUUCCAGCGCAAUCUGCAUUUCUAACCCUAACCCCAACGGGAUAAUUACUAAUUUUCUUAUUUUGAGCGUUGGCGGGGGCUUUGUACAAAUGAUCUAUUAGCAGACAGUGUUAAGUUAUGAGGAAUACUACCAUCGUAAAAUUGAAAAAGUAUCUAAAAUCAGAUUUUUGAGUUUUCAGAAAAUGAUCUGAAAACUUUUGGCCGAUAUUAUUGGUGUGGUGUAAUAUAUAUAUAUAUUCAAAGCAUUGAUACUUUAUACCAGCGAAGGUCGUUUAUCAUCGACAUCGAUUAAUGGAAAGGACGGUAUUACCGAUACUGAUUUUGGCUGGGAACUUUUAUCCCGAGGCAAAACUUGUUUUUGACUAAUGUUAUUUUUUACAACAAAAAUAAUGCAUUCAAACCGAUUUAUUCUCGGUAUAUUUAUUUAACAUUCACAAGCGAAAGUUUCGAUUCAUAAUCUUGAUGGUAUAUCUAAGACGAUAUAUGCUGGAUGAAGAGUUUUAUUCUCAAUUUCGUGUGGGUUUCGGUUGAUAUCUAUAUUUUAGUGUAUAUACAAACAUUUUUCCAUCCGAGGUAUCAAAAUUAAAAAGCCUUUACAUAUCGUUCUAAUAUAGCAAUUGAACAACUAAUUUAGAAAUGUCAUCUACAUUGUAUAUAUAUAUGAAAAGCAAGAAUCGUUACUUAAAACCGUAGAACUAGACUCAUCAUAAACUCUGACAGAACAU